AUGGGUUCCGUUGUUCUUCCCCAUCUCAACACCGGCUGGCACGUCGACCAAGCCAUCCUCUCAGAGGAAGACCGUCUCGUCGUCAUCCGCUUCGGCCGUGACUGGGAUCCAGACUGCAUGCGCCAAGAUGAAGUCCUCUACAAGAUCGCCGACAAGGUCCGCAACUUCGCCGUCAUCUACCUCUGCGACAUCGACCAGGUCCCCGACUUCAACCAGAUGUACGAACUCUACGACCCGUGCUCCCUCAUGUUCUUCUUUCGAAACAAGCACAUGAUGAUCGAUCUGGGUACCGGUGACAACAACAAGAUCAAGUGGGUUCUUGAGGACAAGCAGGAGCUCAUUGAUAUCUUCGAGACGGUGUACCGAGGUGCUAAGAAGGGACGUGGUUUGGUCGUCAGUCCCAAGGACUACUCCACUCGACAUAGGUAUUAA